GCCGAUCAAGUGUGCCCUCUAAAAUUACUGAAAGAGCGUUGAUCAACACUUGCAGGGGAGUAAUCAUGGUAGAAGCCUUGCAACUCUUCGUCAUGUUCCGGGUUCCUUUACAGAUUGCGGCUACUUGCCAACAUGUUGCAUCAAGCAUUGCAGAUCGUACGGUAAAUCGGCAUUGAUUUCACAUGCGCUUGGUACUUUCGAUGGCUCGCUUGCCCACUCCUCAACGCGUGAAAUACUACCUGUCACCACUGACUUUGAAGAUGAUGGCGAAGCUUCAAGUUGACUCAUGUUCGAGUUAAGCUUAUAUGGACGGAGCUCGGUAUGCGGCACAGACCAGCAACGGCGGGAGCAGAUCCUUGAAUCACGGAGCCGAUUUUCUUUUAGAACACCUCGGCCACUUGAGGUCACUGAGUCAGAUGAUAGCAGAGAUAUCCGCGAAUUAUUGUCUGUCACAAUGACCCAAGACCUGACCAAGGGUCAUGAGAUGUUUACAGCAGACUUAGGCUUGGACCUAACAAGGGAUGAGCAACCGAUCAGAAACAAUCCUCAACGCAGAGGGAGAACGCACAGGGCAAGGCAUAACCUCCGCCCUUCGAAAUUUGGAGACGAUCAUCCCUUGCAGAACCUGCCAGCGUGUUGUUGCGGUUGUGUUACAUGCAGUAGCUUGAUCAAGGUUACAUGGCCGGAACUUAUAUACCAACUGGCGCAACCAAUUCAUGAUAUGACCAGGGUGAUUGACAAGUUUGGCAGAUUUGCCUAAAUGCUAGACCAUAGCGAAAUCUUCUUUGGCAGGGCUUUUUGGAGCUUUAGGGUUGACAGCUUUAGCAUCUGCUUCCGUGACAAAAAGAGGUCUCGACAAUUCUAGCAAAGACCAUGAUAUACUUGACU